CGCAAACUUGAUAAUCUAAGACAGGCGACUUUAUUGAAAAUGAUCGUGCGCCCGCCAUCAAGGACACGAGCGGUUGGAGAGGUCUGCGCACCGUCAUUCAUGUCGAAGACGAUGGCACGAUUCAUGUAAAGUACCAAGGUCGUAAUUACGCUGAUUUGUCGUUUUCCAACCUCGCGCAUUUUGCGUUCGGUGCAGCUUUGCGUUCAGGAUCAUGCAGCGUAGUAAGGGGCGCACUGUUGGACGCAUUGUGUAGGCAAGUCACAGGUCCAGGCAAGUGCACACACCACUUUGGAUACAUCCUCACGGAGACAAUGUGCACAUUAACCCACGUUGCAUAGCAACGCAGGCACAAUUACAUGUCAAAGAGCCUCAUGCAAUUUGCAUGUGGUAAGUUGAAUUGGAGCACGGAUAGGGAUUGGGGAGCGACGCCUUGACCCACUAACGGACGCGGGUGAGUCAUCGUUGUGGUGGUGCGGCGUGAAAAUGGCCGGUGAUGCCCAGUUGUGCCCUGAUUGUGCCCCGGGACCAUCAAGAAAGGAUUUGGGGUGAAACGUUGCACCAAAUGGACCCCAGGAGGGGUUUUGGGAUUGAUAUUUAGCAGAUUUGGCCUCAUCUCUUCUCUUGACCAUUGUUCUCGGGGCCUAUCCAGCUCAGACCCCAUCGCUGCCUCGAACUCCCCCGUUUCCUCCACCUUCCCCUCACCCUCCCCUGCCCUCUCUUCUCCCCUCCCUCCUGCUGCACCUGCAGGCGUUUGGCCUGCACCUGCACUGAUCAUCGUGCAUAGACUGGCACUUCAUGCGGAGCCUUGAUGUCGAAUAGCUGCUCCGCAUCGCUUUCGUUGUUCCUCCAGUUGAUGUCCGUUCUCGGACUCCCUCUUUGGUGUGUUGCCUUCCGCCUCCGCCCGCCCGCCCUUUCCCAGACCAGGUCUGCAGCGAGUUCAUCUCGCACGGGGCUGCCCAGCAGGGGGGCCAGGUGAUGGGUUUCGCCAACGUCCGGCUGAUGCGCAACGUCAAGCGGGACACGCUGCGGCUGGUGCAGACGUUCUUCGGCCAGGCGGCCGCGACCACGCCGCCGCAGCUCGCGGAGGCGGGCAUCACCGUGCAGCAGGUGGCACAGAGGUUCAUUCCGCCGCUGCUGGAACCCGUAUUGGCCGACUACAAGAGCAACAUGCCGCAGGCACGGGACGCGGAGGUGCUGGACCUCCUGGCCACGCUGGCCACGAGCCUCAGCGGCUUCAUCUCGCAGGAGGUCCCCAAGAUCUUCGAGAUGGUUUUCGAAUGCACUUGCGACAUGAUCAAGGGCGACUUCCAGAGCUACCCCGACCACCGGGUCAAGUUCUACGAGCUCCUGAAGGCGAUCAACACGCACUGCUUCGAGGCGCUGUUCCAGUUGCCAGACGCGCAGUUGAAGCUGUACGUGGACUCGCUGAUCUGGGCCGCCAAGCAUGAGCAGCCACAGGUUGCUGACAGCGGUCUGAACAUCCUGUCGGACUUCUUGGAGCGGCUCUUGAAGGGCCCGCCGCAGAUGUACCAACCGUUCUUCGGCCAGUACUACUUCACGCUUCUGCAGGACAUCUUGUCAGUCUUGACCGACACGUUCCACAAGUCUGGCUUCAAGUUGCAGCAGCAGAUAUUGAUGCAGUUGAUUGGGGCCUCUGAGAAUGGGAAACUUCCUGAAGUGGCACCGAAGCAGCGCUCCAUGGAGUUCCUCUUCGACUUGGUGGGGAAGUCGUUCCCGACGCUGCACCGCAGCCAGGUCGAGAUAUUCGUGUUGCAGAGCUUCAACCUGGCCAACCGGAAAGAUGAAUUCCAGGCCCACAUCCGCGACUUUCUCAUCCAGCUGCGCGAGUGGGGUAGCCACGAGGACGCCCUGUACGAGGACCAGCGGGCGGAGGCCCUACGUCUGGCACAGGCGUCCGACGCGCAGAUGCGGAUGGCGGUCCCCGGGCUGGUGCCUCAGCACGACCCGAGCCGCGCUCUGGAGGCGGACAUGGACGACAUUUGAGGUUGGCGCAGGUGGCUUCACCAGAGGCUUCUGGAGGGGGGGGGGCCUCGCGAGAGGCUCCUGGGAUUCUAGGUUGGCGCGGGGAGGGCCUGCGCGCGCCGCGGGCCGCGCCGCCCCUAGGGAACGCCCGCGGCCGCCCCACGGAAAGGCAGUGCCCUCCGACCGCCCGCAACCGCCCCUCUUCCGCGGGCGCGGCCCCGAAGUCCCGCUUGCCGCCGCGAGCCGCCGGGGUGGGGGGGAGCACGGGCUCGCGCCCGAGCACGUGGCCCUCCCCAUUGCGCCCUGCGCCCCAUCCUGGCCCCUCUCGCCCUCCCGAGCUCCAGUCCCCCCC